GCGCAGUGCUCAGCCUGGCAGUCGAUCUCCCCAUAGCCAUGGCAUUCAGGGGGCCAGAACCCUGGGUCUCAGCAUCCCUGCUGAGCCAGAGACUGAAGGUGGAGGAGAAGACCCUGGAUCUAGAGUUCGAAGUUUUGAGUGUGGGGUUUAAUGAGGGGGGUAGAUAUGCCCUGAGACUGUCAGCUGAGAACCCCCUGCAGGCAGGCUCUGGGGCUGGGGUGCAGUUGCAGGUGAAUGAUGGGGAUCCCCUCUAUGCCUGCUCUGUUGUCACUGAUGUCAUUGAGCAGCAGGAACCUGGCCAGAGCGUCGCCCUCACCAGGAACAAGUUUAUCUUUACUUUGCCCAAAGGUUUCUGCAAAAAUGACGGGCAGCAUGACGCUCAGCUGCGUGUGGAGGCACUGAGGCUGGACGAACCCCCAGGACGGACGACCCAGCGGGUGGGUGAGGCCAUCUUCCCUAUCUACCCGAGGCCGGACCAACCCCGCAUGAACCCGGAGGCUCGGGACCAUGAGGACCUGUACCACUACUGUGGCAACCUGGCUCUGCUCCGGGCCAGUGCGGACCCCGCAGCCCGCCACUGUGGGGGCCUGGCCUACAGGGUGGCCUUCCACGCGCACCGGGACUCUCAGCCCCCAAUCUCGGACAGCCCUCCGGAGGCUGGCCAGCCAGAACUGAUGUCGCCACGCCCAGAGCCACGGCUCCCCAGGCUGCAGAACACUGAAGGCCCAGAGGAGCCCCUGGUCGCCUCCCAGAGCAUGGAACCGGAAAUCGGUCACCUGUCUCCCUCUAACAAGGAGACCAUCAUGGUCACCCUCCAUGGGGCUACCAACCUGCCUGCCUGCAAGGAUGGCUCGGAGCCGUGGCCCUAUGUGGUGGUGAAAAGCACGUCUGAGGAAAAGAACAAGCAGAGCUCCAAGGCAGUCACAUCUGUGACCUCAGAACCCACCAGAGCCCCUAUCUGGGGGGACACGGUGAACGUGGAGAUCCCAGCUGAGGAUGCAGGGCGAGAAGAUGUGAUCCUCAAGGUAGUAGACAACAAACAGAAAGAGGACUUGUUGUCCUACAAAAUACCCAUCAAGUACCUGCGUGUCUUCCACCCCUACCACUUUGAGCUGGUGAAGCCCACCCAGUCUGGGAAAGCUGACGAAGCCACUGCCAAGACUCAGUUGUACGCAACAGUCGUUCGGAAGAGCAGCUUCAUCCCCCGCUAUGUCGGCUGCAACCACGCAGCUCUGGAGAUCUUUCUCCGGGGAUUCAACGAGCCCCUGGCCAACAACCCCAACCCCAUUGUGGUGAUUGCCCGGGUUGUUCCCAACUACAAGGAAUUUAAGGUCAGCCAGGCCAACAGGGACCUGACCUCCGUGGGGCUGCCCAUCACCCCACUUUCCUUCCCCAUCCCGUCUGUGAUGAACUUUGACGUGCCUCGGGUCAGCCAGAACGGAUGCCCUCAGCUGUCCAAGCCUGGGGGACCCCCGGAGCAGCCCCUGUGGAAUCAGUCCUUCCUCUUCCAAGGCCGAGAUGGAGCUACCAGCUUCUCAGAAGACACAGCCCUGGUGUUGGAGUACUACCCCUCAGCUUCAAUGAAAGGCAGCCAGCCGUGGACCCUCGCGCAGCCCCUGGGUAUCUCCGUGUUGCCGCUAAGAAGCCGUCUGUACCGGAAGAUGCUGACAGGGAAAGGCAUGGAUGGGCUUCGCGUGGAGCGGCUCCCCGUCAUGGACACCAGCCUGAAAACUAUCCGUGGCGAGGCCCCCGCAGUGGAUCUUUCCUUCCAGCUGUUUUCCUCCGAGAGACCAGAAAACUUCUUGACACCGAACAACAGCAAGGCUCUUCCUACCUUGGACCCCAAGAUCCUAGAUGAGAAGCUGGGAACCAUCCGAGAGUCCUGGUCCAAGGCCACAGUGAGCUCCACAAUGGACUUGAGCACUCCCACUCCACAGGAAGUAGAGGAGGAGCCUCCGGUGCCUGAGAUGUCCCGUGACACAGAUAUGGACUACUACCGGCGGGCCAUGCAGAAGAUGGCAGAGGACAUCCUCUCGCUGCGGAGACAGGCCAGCAUCCUGGAAAGAGAGAACCGCAUACUGAGGAGCCACCUGGCCCAGCAGGAGGAGGAAGAUGGGCGGGAAAAAGCCAGUGAGGCCCGGCACGUGGGUGAGGUGUCCGUGAAGCAGAAACUGCUGCUGAGUGAGCUGGAUAUGAAGAAACUGAGGGACAGGGUGCAGCAUUUGCAGAAUGAGCUGAUUCGAAAAAAUGAUCAGGAGAAGGAGCUGCUCCUCCUGUAUCAGGCUCAGCAGCCACAGGCCGCACUGCUGAAGCAGUACCAGGGCAAGCUGCAGAAGAUGAAGGCGCUGGAGGAGACGGUGCGGCACCAGGAGAAGGUGAUCGAGAAGAUGGAGCAGGUGCUGGAAGACAGGCUUCGGGACAGGAGCAAGCCCCCUCCUCCAAACAGGCAGGCGGGAAAGCCCAACACUGGUUCUACGAGGGAGAACCUGCCGCUUGAAAUAUACUCCGCGCUGCUGGCAGAAAAUGCGAAGCUGCGGGCGGAGCUGGAUAAGAACCGCCACCAGCCAGCCCCCAUCAUUUUGCAGCAGCAGGCCCUGCCGGUGGACCCCGGGGAGUUGGGAGCAGGAGGAGACUUGGCAGAGAGGCUGCGAGAGACGCAUGGCCCAGGCCACUCCAAGUGCACGCAGACGCGGCCCGCACAGGAUCUCCUCUCUGAUACUUCAGACAAGUUCAACCUCCUGGCCAAGCUGGAACGAGCUCAGAGCCGGAUCCUGUCCCUGGAAAGCCAGUUAGAGGACUCAGCGCGACGUUGGGGACGAGAGAAGCAGGAUCUAGCCACACGGCUGCAGGAACAAGAAAACGGUUUCAGGCAUCCCUCGAACUCCAUCUUCAUAGGACAGCCUGUGAGUGACGCCCCUGGAGGAGCUCCUGGGGGUUCAGGUGGUGGAGCAGGAAGUCACCCCACCCCCAAAGUCACUGGGCCCUCAGAAAACCACUGUGGGGCCAACUCCGGGGUUGGGAGUCAGAAGUCCUGGGCUCCUAUUCCUGCUCUGUUACCAACCAAAGGCUUGGUCUCCAGUCCCCCACCUGUCUGAGUAGAACAGAAAACCCCUGCCAAGACCACCCCUUCCCCCGUGGGCUGCUGUGAAACUCAAGGAGAUGACGGUGGAUGAGGGGCCACGCGGGCAUCUCUGGGAUGCCCUGGCUCUGAAUGUGCUUUAGGACUGGCUGCACGCACAGGCAGAGCAGCUUGCAGCCGUACCUCCGACUCCAUAGAGCCUCAGAAAUUAGCACACCCUUCUUAGGUGGCCACCAUGUAGACUCCACUUUGCCGACUUCCUAAGAACAAACAGGCCUGCUCACAAGGGCCCCUCGAGUUCAACCCCAGGACCGCCCAGCCCCGCAAAGCAAAGACCCUGACUUCUCCUGCUCUUGAGCCAGCUGUGCUUUAUCCAUGGCCAGAGCUCAGCAGCGGCUCCUGGGAAAGGCCUGGAAAGGGCGAAGAAAUAGGCAAGGAGCAAAGGCUACCUUUACACACUCACCUGAGCCCCAGGGGCUCCUGGAGAAAUUAGGUGUCAAUAUGGCGAAAUGGGUUUAGAAAACUUUGCGGGCAUGACCCACUGGGCUCUGGAUCCUCUGAGACCCGGUUUGUCCGGCAAUAUGCCCUUGAGCAGGUCACCCCCUGGGAACGGGGGGUACUCAUGCACCCUACUUUGCACACCGCAGAAUGCCCCCACCCACUCCAAGGACCUCAAGCAGCCCUCAAAGCUGGAGCCCCUGCUGCCCAGCUCAGAC